AAAACAAUGAGAUAACAACAAUAUAAAACCUCUCGUGCCUCCGGGUUCACAACACACAGGGAAUUAUUAGGGUUUAUACUGCUCAGGGGCAGGGUCUGUAAACACUCUCUUUCUCUCUCUCUUUCUCGGACACACACAGAACCCACACAGAUUUGCUAGGGUUGUGAGCGAUGGGAGCAAAGGCAAAGAAGAAAGCAAUGGCGAAGAAAGUGAAGAAGGGUUCUGCCAAGUUGUCGGCGGCUACGAAUCGCAAAGACCAGGCUCCAGAUUUCUUGCCAUUAGAGGGUGGUCCGGGUCGUAAGCUUGUGGAGAGUCAAGUGCGGGAUAAUAAAGCUACAAUCUUGUAUAUCGGUCGGAUUCCACAUGGGUUCUAUGAGAAUGAAAUGGAAGGUUUUUUUAAACAAUUCGGUGCAGUGAAAAGACUCAGAAUAGCAAGGAAUAAGAAGACUGGAAAAUCCAAGCAUUUUGGCUUCAUUGAAUUUGAGUCUCCAGAGGUGGCGAAAAUUGUAUGUGAAACCAUGCAUAAUUAUCUAUUGUUUGAGCACCUUUUGCAAGUUUAUCUGAUUCCUCCUGAGCAAGUUCAUCCAAAACUGUGGAAAGGUGCCAACCGUUGGUACAAGCCUUUGGACUGGGUUAAAAUGGAAAGGAAGCGGCAUGACAAGGAAAGAACAUUAGAAGAGCACAAGAAGUUGGUGGAAGGAAUCAUGAAACGGGACCAGAAAAGGCGGAAGAGGAUUGAGGCUGCUGGCAUUGAUUAUGAGUGCCCAGAAAUCGUGGGUAGCAACCAGUCCGCUCCAAAGAAGAUUAGGUUUGAGGAAGAGUAGGUCUUUUGUUGUGGGAAUGGAGAAGUAUCCUUUAUGUCAGUAUGCGUCUAUGUUUUUGUUGCCAGUGUGCCGUCGUAGGUUGCUGCAGAAAACAAUUAUGAGCUUUAUUUUUUUCUCCACUUCAUGUGGUUGGUUGAACUUUUUCAUGACAAAGAGAUGCAAUAGCAGCAGUGUUGCAUUUUGCAGGCCAGUGUAAUCUUUCAGAUGAACCUUUUGGUAAUUUGCCUUUGGGAUAUUCUUCAGGACUGUCUGCCAUAUGUGGAAACUUAUAUAAAUGACCUAAUAUUUUGGUUUUA